CUGUGUGCUUCGGAGACUGAAUAUCGAAAACGAGAUCAUUCGCAGAGCGAUAAAAUGAGGAAGAGAAUUCGAAGAAACAACUCCAUCAAGAGCUGCACUUCUCCUCGUCGCAGUUUUCCUACUUGCCACUCUUUCGACUGGUUCGAAGAAGAUCUAUGGACGGAGAUCGCAAAGUUUCUGGACGGAAAAUCUCUGGUGAUGCUGGCAACAACAAACAAAUGGUUCAACAGCCUCAUCAUGCAAGACAGUGUGUGGAGAUAUGCAUGCUUGCGUGAUCUUCAGAUCCCAGCUCCAUGCCACGUUGAAUUCAAGUGGAGCAAGCUCUACGCUUCAGCUUUCAACUGUAGUCAUGCUUACACUUUCCGCCAGCAGGAAAAGCAUAUUGAUUGGAUGCGAAUUGGUGCAUUUUCUCUCAACUCACGAGCAGCCUUCCUGACCAAGAAUCUGAAUGGUCCACUGAAAAUCUCGAAAGAAAAGACUAAAGAAAAGAUGCUGGAAUUCUGUGGAUCAUGCGUGUUGGAAAAUAUGAAAACUGGGAUUUGGAUUGCUGACCUGCAGCUUGUUCGAUGUCCUGUUUGUGACCUAAAUGCAUGUGAUGGGACGAUGCAGACAUUAGAUGCAAGGCAUAUUGAGCUCUUCUUGAAAGAGGGCUACCAAGAUGGGAGCUGGGAGUACAAUCUUAUGGGAUCUCAUAAGAUUGAAAAGAAUGUAGGUGAAGCUUCUGCGGCAAUUUUUGAUGUCAAACAUCUCAAGGAUUCUUCAACAGCUGCAAUAUUCGAUCUCAAGUCAUGGGCAGGGAAACCUAAUGAUUGGCAACCAAAGUCUCUUAUCACUUUCAAUGCAGUUGCCAUAACCACCAAUUUACAAGAAAAUGAAGGAGUUCUUGUAAAGUACCAUACUAUGAGCGCUGGAGAGGAAGGAGAAGUCGUUUCAAUUAGAAUCUCUCAUCAGCUCCUCUAGAUCUGCUCAACUAUACUAUAGUAAAAAUAUGAUCUCUCUUGGAAGAAAAUUAAUUUUACUUUCUAGUGUUGAGAUGCAAUGACACAAUUCACUGAACAGAUUGAUCUUGUGUACAUUCUACAAAACUUGUGUACAAGGUUACA